AUGUCCACGGCUAUUUUUAGCCCUACCCUGGUGUGGUUCCUGGGUGAUCAGCCCCUGGACAGCGCUUCCUUUGUGGACAUACAACUCCGGGAGUGGGGUCACUUGGCUACAGAAAGGGAUCUGGGCUCUGCUACUGUAUUUCUAACAUCUCUUGCUGCAAAACCAAGCAGCAUCCUCACCCUGAAGGACCUGCCCCUUCUGGACAGAGGCCACCAGCCGACAGGCUGUACCACCAAUUUAAGUGCCUCCUACACCCCUCCAGGACUCAAGGCCAUAAGGGAGCCAGGAAAACAAAAAGCCAGUGGUGAAGGGGCACACGGUUGGGUCACCACAGCCAUCCAGAGUAUCACAGGAAAGGAUCAUCAGAGGGAAGGAAUCAGCGGCAGAAUAAAUUCCAGAAGAGAACUCGCAGACAAAAAACAGGACUUCCAGGUGCGUGUGAGGAUCAUUGAAGGCCGCCAGCUCCAGGGAAACAACAUCAAGCCCGUAGUGAAGGUCUUCAUCGGAGACCACGUGUACAGGACGAGAAUCAAAACGGGGAACAACCCCUAUUUUAAUGAGAUAUUUUUCCAGAACUUCCAUGAGACGCCUACUCAGCUCUUUGACGAGACCAUAAACAUACAGGUGCUGAACUCAAGGGCGGUGCGAGCAGAUUCCAUCAUUGGAGUGUUCAAGGUGAGUGACAGUGGAUGUAAUCACCUUGGCAGAGCCAGACCCUGCCGUCCUUCUCUCCCAGGUCAUGCUCUCAGCUGGAAAUGGCUCAGCCUUUACCACCCGACUCAUCUGAAUGCUGGCUUGAGAGGCUACUUGAAAGUCAGCCUUUGUGUGCUUGGAGCCGGGGACCAGGCACCGGUAAACACCGCCUGUGAAAGGGACAUGAUACCGGCAGAGCUGGACAAGCCUGCGGAGAGCGAGGACGUAGAGUCCAACCUUCUCAAGCCAGCAGCGAUGCCCGUAUGCAUGACCACCUUUCAGCUCCGCAUAUACAGAGCUGAGGAUAUGCCCCAAAUGGAGGACUCUUGCCUGCAUUACUUUAGGUCCAUGUUCCAGAUGCAUGUCGACAAAAGGAUCUGCGCUGACCCUUCUGUGGAAGUUAGUUUUGCAGGGAAAACGCGCUGCACCAGAGUGAUGCCAAGAAAUGCCAACCCGGAGUGGAACCAGGUGCUGUUCUUUCCUGUCCAGUUACCGGCCGUGUGUGAUAAGAUCAAGUUCACCGUGCUGAACGGGGACCGAGCAGGAAAGAGGGACGUCCUUGGGACCACCUACAUCAGCCUGUCCCAGGUGUCAUCCACGGGGGCUGAGAUAGAAGGGGAUUUCUCCGGGUUCCUGCCAUGCUUUGGACCCAGCUUCCUGACCCUCUAUGGGAGCCCCAGGGAAUUCACCAGCCUCCACGACCCAUAUGAGAAACUCAACUCUGGGAGCGAGGAAGGGGUGGCCUAUCGAGGUCGGAUUCUAGUGGAAUUAAACACCAGUAUGGAUAGGACCCCCCAGCAGGAAAUAGAGGAGAUCCCUGCAGAGGCUGUUGCCAAGGUGGAGCGAUACUUGUCACGGCGCAAGUACGGCCUGUGUGCCAUCUUCUAUUCAGCCACCAUGCUGCCCGCUAUCAAGGAGCUGAUCCAGUUUGAGGUCAGCAUCGGGAACUAUGGCAACAAGUUUGACGUGACCUGCAAGCCCUGUGCCUCAACCACCCAGUACAGCCAAGCUGUGUUUGACGGAAACCAUUAUCACUAUCUGCCAUGGUACGACACCAAGCCAAUGGUGGCCAUCACCUCUUUCUGGGAGGACGCUAGCUACUACAUGGACACCCUGAACAUCCUGCACUCCACACGGGACAGGCUGACCUUGAAUCUGGAUGCUCUGAGAUCCGUCCGAACCGCCGAGGAUCCAUCUUUGGGUGACGUCUGGAAGAAGCUGCUGAAAGAGCUGCUGGAGGACUGCAACAGGCCGCUGCCCAGUUUGGAAGGUCGGGUGACAGCCACAGGCCUGGAUCAGCAGCUGAGGGACCUGCGUGGUCGGCUCCUCCACCAAGUAGCCAGGUCUGCAGAAAGGCUGAGCGCUGGGACGAACUCAAAGACCCUGAUCCUCAAGGUAGAGGACUGGCUGCAGAGGAUCAACUCCGUCACUCCGGAGCCCCAAGCCAGCAUGCCCGACGUGAUGAUCUGGAUGCUGUGCAAGGAGAAGCGGGUGGCCUAUGCCCGUGUGAAGGCUCACACCAUCAUGUUCUCCAAGGCCGGUCCCUGCGCCUGCGGCAAGCUGUGCGGGAAAACCCACACCCUCUUCCUGAAGCGCCCUCAGCGAGAUGGGAAGGACACCAUCCAUGGCCAGCUGCGCAUGCGAAUGUGGCUGAGUCUGGUGUCCGACAGCCAGGAGUUCAUGAGGCACUGCGAGGGGAAGAUCGGGGUCUAUGCCGAGACGUACGAGAACCAGGUGAAGAUCUUUGGGAAGUGGGGGCCCAAAGGGCUGAUGCAGCACCCCAGCUUCUCAGACAUAACCGGGAAGAUUGGUGUCCCGAGGGACAAGUUCCAGCUGCCCAAGGGCUGGCACUGGGAUGGCGACUGGGCGGUGGAGCCACAGAGGAGGCUGCUGCUGGAUACUGAGACCAACCACAGUGAGGUGCUGGAGGAGGUGUAUGAGAACGAGAGUCGGCAGCCAGGGGAAGAGUGGGCCCCAGCCCCUUCUCCCAACACCGAUGCGGGCGGAGCCGCCGUCUCCCCAAAGGAAGGGAUCGUGUGCCCUAAGGGCUGGCACUUUGAGGAAGGCUGGAGGGUGGAGGUGAACCGAGCUGUGGAUGAGUCUGGCUGGGAGUACGGCAUUGGUAUCCCCCCCACCGGAACACCCCAGUCCUGGAAUGCAACAGAGAAGACAUACCACACGCACCGGCGUCGGCGCUGGCUGCGGAGACGCUGUCGGGACCUGAACGCUCAGACCCAGGAGCAGGAAAUCGCCUCCUUUCUCCAGCUGCACUCUACAGGGAAGCCAGCGGAAGAGGACACCUGGGAAUAUGCCUCCUUUUUUGGCUGGAAGUUCCACCUGCAGCCCCGGCCGCAUGACGCUUACCGGCGGCGCUGCUGGCGCAGGAAGCUCGUGCCCGUGCAGCCCACCAGGGUGGCUCCCAUUUUCCUCUUGGAGGGCUCCCUGCCCAAUUACUACCAGCUGCACUGCUACAUCUACCAAGCCAGGGAUCUGACACCGAGCGAUGGCAGGAGCUCCUCCGAUCCCUAUGCCCACGUGUCCUUCCUGCACAGGAGCCAGCGCACACAGACCUUGACUGCCACCUUGAGCCCCAGCUGGGACCAGACCCUCAUCUUCGACCAUGUGCUGAUUUACGGAGACCCCCAGGCCACCCGGCAGGACCCGCCACUGGUGGUUUUGGAGUUGUUUGACCGGGAUAUCAUUGACAAGGAUGACUUCCUGGGGAGGAGCAUGUGUUCCCCACUGGUAUGUCUGGAUCUCGGAUCCCGACACGUCCCCCGCCUUCAGUUGUAUCCAAUCACAAAGCAACAGAAGGAAGCGGGCGAGCUCUUAGCUGCCUUUGAGCUCCUAUUGGAUCCCAAGGAUGGUGCACCAGGCCGCCUUCCCACCCCCUCCUGGAAGAACGGGGUCUACGUCAUCCCUAGCGACAUCCGGCCCACGCUGAGACUGAUGGCCAUUGAGAUCCUGGCCUGGGGCCUGCGGGGCCUGCAGAGCUACAACCUGCUGAGCGUCAUGGCACCAAGCCUGGUGGUGGAGUGUGGAGGAGAGGCCAUCCAGACGGCUCCCAUCAGAGACCUCCACGAGAACCCCAACUUCCCAAUCAAUGUCUUCCUCAUGAGAGUGGUGAGCAAGGCAGAAGCAUGGGGCAGGGCGGCUCCACCCACUGCUUCUCAGCCACUUCCUUUCCUGCCUGCCUACAUGGCUGGGUUGGGAGUCAGAGAUGGUUGGAGAGUUCCAGGGACCACUUGCUCCAUGGCUGAGUGUCUAGGUGCUGGCCCGGUUGCCUGCUCCUUCUGUUGCUUCCCCAUGGAGCUCAUGGACCUGCUUGCCACCCCGCAGCACCUGCCCAUGGAAGAAGAUUUAAUGCCCCCCAUUGAGCUGAAGGUCGUGGACAACCGGGAGUUUGGGUACAAGCCAGUGGUGGGCCAGGCCAGCGUGAGAUCCCUGCGCCAGUACAUGUGCGAGCCGUCCGCAGAGGGGCACCAUCCCAGCCUGCCACCCCCAGUAGCUCCCAAGGGGAAGAUCGCGAAGAUGCUGGGCAGGAUGGCUGUCGAGUCGUGGCUUCGAACCACACUGAGAGCAGAGAAGGAGGAGGAGGAGUGUGUCGACUGGUGGAGCAAGUUCUAUGCUGCCACGGGGGAUCUGGCAAAGAGCGGCGGCUACCUGCAGACAGGGCUGGACAGCCUAAAGGUCUAUAACUGUGAGUUGGAGGCUGUGCCGGAGUUCCAGGGCCUGCAAGAUUUCUGCCAGACCUUCAGGCUGUACCGUGGGCGGGUGCGGGAGGAGGCCAGCGAAGACCCCUUGGUGGUCGGGGAAUUCAAGGGACUCUUCCAGAUCUACCCACUGCCAGAGGACCCCAGCUCCCCACCACCGCCGCGCCAGUUCCAGGAGCUGCCCGAAAGCCAACCCCAGAAGUGUCUGGUCCGGGUUUACAUCGUCCGGGCCUUUAACCUCCCGCCAAAGGAUAGAAACGGCCUGUGCGACCCCUACGUGCGGCUCACCCUGGGCAAGAAGAAGCUGGGGGACAGAGACCAAUAUCUGCCCAACACCCUGGAACCUGUCUUCGGCAGGGUGUUCGAGCUCCCGUGCACCCUCCCGCUGGAGAAGGACUUGCAGAUCUCGCUCUUUGACUACGACCUCAUCCUCCCUGACCAGAAGAUAGGGGCCACCAGCAUCGACCUGGAGAACCGGCUCCUGUCCCGCUUCCGGGCCAACUGUGGGCUGCCCCAGUCCUACUGCAUUUCCGGCCCCUGUCAGUGGCGAGACCAGCUGCUCCCCACCCAGUUACUGGAGAACUUUGCCAGGAUGAGGAGUCUGGCCCUGCCUGAGUUCAGCGCAGACGGGGGCAAAGCCAGUUUCAUGGGCAGGGCCUUCCUGCUGGCGCAGUUCGAGAGCAAGGUCCCUGCGCACAGUCACCUGGGGCCCCCAAGAGAGCGCCUGGCCCUGCACCUGCUCCAGACCUGCGGGCUGGUCCCCGAGCACCUGGAGACCAGGACCCUGUACCACAGCAUCCAGCCCGGCAUUGACCAGGGGAAGCUGCAGAUGUGGGUGGACGUUUUCCCAGAGAGUUUUGGCCCCCCAGGCCCUGCCUUCAACAUCACCCCACGGAUGCCCAAACGGUACGAGCUGCGCUGCAUCAUCUGGAACACGCGGGAUGUGGAUCUGCAGGACACCAGCAUCACAGGGCAGAGGAUGAGCGACAUCUAUGUGAAAGGGUGGCUGGAUGGCCUGGAGGAGGAGAGGCAGAGAACCGAUGUCCACUACAGGUCCCUGGGAGGAGAGGGCAACUUCAACUGGAGGUUCAUCUUCCCCUUCGAGUUCCUGCCCAUGGAGCAGGUCUGCGUCCUGCCUGAGAAGCAACAUCUCUGGAGCCUGGAUGAGACGGUGCUGAAGGUGCCCCCCAAGCUCAUCCUCCAGGUGUGGGACAACGACAAGUUCUCGGCUGACGAUUUUCUCGGGGUUCUGGAAAUCAAACUGCUCAGCAUGCCCUGCCCAGCCAGGCGCCCCCGGGCCUGCACCCUGAAAAUGCUGCAGGAUGAGAGCGACUCCCCCACCCCACCCCGCUGCCCCAGGAGAACCUCCCUCUUCAAGCAGAGGCUCGCCCGAGGCUGGUGGCCGUGCGUGGUGCAGGAGGAGAGCAGACAGCGGCUGUCGGGCAAGAUUGAGCUGACGCUGGAGCUCCUGACGGACAAGGAGGCAGAAGAGCGGCCUGCUGGGAAGGGAAGGGAGGAGCCAAACAUGAACCCCACCCUGCACCCACCCGUGCGCCCAGAAGCCUCGUUCCUGUGGUUCACAGCCCCCCUCAAGAGCCUGCGCUACAUCCUCUGGCAGCCGCACAAGUGCAAGAUCAUCCUGGGGGUCGUGCUGUUCCUGCUGCUGCUCCUGCUUGCAGCCUUCAUUUACGCCACCCCGCGCUACUUGGCCAUGAAGCUGAUAAACCCCUUCCGCAGUCUCCAUUCCUUCGGGAGCCUCAAUCCUCUGGCAGGGAGCAGCGGGAGCCCGUAGGCGACAGGCCAGCAGCAGCACACCCAGCCCAGCUCCAUGUCCUGCAGACAGACAGCGCCUGCUGUCUCCUAGCACAGGGAGACCUGGCCCUGCCCCCCAGCCUGGGGAGUUGGGCAGCAGCUCCCCUUUCCAAUUCACCACCCGCUGCCUCCCGGUCACCCGGAUCUUCCCUGAACCCAGAGAGCAGCUGCCAGUCCUACCGCUCCCUUCCAGCACAGGCUCUGCUGGCCUGCGCUACUCCUGCUCCUCCCGCUGGGGGCCAAGGGCCACUGACCGCAGGCCAGCGAGGCUGGGACUAGCUCAUCGGCUAGAAAGCAGCCCUACUCCCAGGCGAGUCAUUCUCUGGGCCAAAAGUCUUCAGGAACAGUAUUCCCCAAUAAAGGCAUGGAAAGGAGGCCCUUCA